GACACACACACACUAACCCGUUCUGACAUGCAGACAUGCACACUGUGACGCAGCGGGACGUUACGUACACAUGGGGACACACCCGUCUACAGUCCAGUAAGGAACAUAAAAGAAUGAGACGUGUGAGCUGAGGGCUGAAGUUAUUCUCCACCAAUCUGGAACAGAGUUCCAUUACAGAGACACACUGCAGCAGACAUUACGGAUCCAUAACCAGCUUCAAGACUUCUAAAGGAUGAAGAACCUUAAACUUCUCAUCCUCUCUCUCUCCAUCUGCCUGUUGCUGGGCAACCUGGGGGUGAGUGGCUACAGUAAUGUCGAACCCUGCCAACGGUCCCGAUGCAAUAACUGCCAUGAAAAGUUCCUAUACCGGCAUGUGCGUCCAAAUACCCCGCUAACGACGGACCACAACGCGUGGGAGAAGUAUCUACGUGAAAAAAACGACUGCUCAAGACCCACGCAGUCCUUCCUCCAUCCCAAAGACCGGGAGAGGGUGGACGCGGUCUGCUCCAGCUCUGGGGGAAAGAGGUACCAGGGGAACCUGUGCAUCAGCCAAAGCCCGUUCACAUUUCUAACAGUGAGGAGUGAGACUGGGACCUGCGGUGUGUCCAGCGUGCGGGAAGAGACCAAGCAUUUGAUCCUGGCAUGUGAGGUGCUGGAGAACAGGUGUGUGCCGGUCCACUUCGAGGGGAACCGCGAGGGGAACAAGCCCGACAAUAACGCUGCAGGAUGUGGCAGCACGGAGAAAGGGAAGGGCUCAAGCUUCCAAGUAUCAGGAAUGUGGCUGGCAUCUUCAUUGAUACUCAUGUUUCUCUCACAACUCCUUUUCUGAACAGUUAAUGGGGGGGCAGAUAGUCAAACAAUACAUCAAAAGGAAGUUAGUUUUAAAGUGUCUGUCCUACACUCUAAAAAGAAAAGGUUCCUGGAGUAUCCUUUAGGGGUUCUUCAAAUGUAAUGUGUGGGUGAACCGCUAUGAGUUCUUCAAAGAACCCCUUUUAAUGGAUCCUCAGAGAACCUUUUGAAGAACCUUUGAGGUACAUUUUUUGAACGACCCCUCUCCCCUAUUAUUAAUAAAGGUAAUACGCAUAACAAAAACAACAAUAACACAAUAUUUUAUUGUUCUCAGUGUUUAUUAUGAUUGUAGUGGCAAAAGCAGAAUAAUCUCAUCUAAAUAUGAGGUAAACUCCCAGCAGAGCCCAAGUCCAGUGGAAGUCCAAUGGAAGUAUAUCCUCUGGCGUGUUGAUGUUAUUGUGUUGAUGUUCUCCGUAUCCAUAGCCAGAAUGAGGCGUAUUUCUUUCUGUAAUAAAGCCCUUUUGAUUGGCUGGGCCUGGCUCCCCAGUAGGUGGGCCUAUGCCCUCCCUGGCCCACCCAUGGCUGGGCCUGGCUCCCCAGUAGGUGGGCCUAUGCCCUCCCUGGCCCACCCAUGGCUGGGCCUGGCUCCCCAGUAGGUGGGCCUAUGCCCUCCCUGGCCCACCCAUGGCUGGGCCUGACUCCCCAGUAGGUGGGCCUAUGCCCUCCCUGGCCCACCCAUGGCUGGGCCUGACUCCCCAGUAGGUGGGCCUAUGCCCUCCCUGGCCCACCCAUGGCUGGGCCUGACUCCCCAGUAGGUGGGCCUAUGCCCUCCCUGGCCCAGCCAUGGCUGAGCCUGGCUCCCCAGUAGGUGGGCCUAUGCCCUCCCUGGCCCAGCCAUGGCUGCGCCUGGCUCCCCAGUAGGUGGGCCUAUGCCCUCCCUGGCCCAGCCAGGCUGGGCCUGACUCCCCAGUAGGUGGGCCUAUGCCCUCCCUGGCCCAGCCAUGGCUGCGCCUGGCUCCCCAGUAGGUGGGCAUAUGCCCUCCCUGGCCCACCCAUGGCUGGGCCUGACUCCCCAGUAGGUGGGCCUAUGCCCUCCCUGGCCCAGCCAUGGCUGCGCCUGGCUCCCCAGUAGGUGGGCCUAUGCCCUCCCUGGCCCACCCAUGGCUGGGCCUGGCUCCCCAGUAUGCCCUCCCUGGCCCAGCCAUGGCUGCGCCUGGCUCCCCAGUAGGUGGGCCUAUGCCCUCCCUGGCCCACCCAUGGCUGGGCCUGGCUCCCCAGUAGGUGGGCCUAUGCCCUCCCUGGCCCACCCAUGGCUGGGCCUGACUCCCCAGUAGGUGGGGCUAUGCCCUCCCUGGCCCACCCAUGGCUGGGCCUGGCUCCCCAGUAGGUGGGCCUAUGCCCUCCCUGGCCCACCCAUGGCUGGGCCUGGCUCCCCAGUAGGUGGGCCUAUGCCCUCCCUGGCCCACCCAUGGCUGGGCCUGACUCCCCAGUAGGUGGGCCUAUGCCCUCCCUGGCCCACCCAUGGCUGGGCCUGGCUCCCCAGUAGGUGGGCCUAUGCCCUCCCUGGCCCACCCAUGGCUGGGCCUGGCUCCCCAGUAGGUGGGGCUAUGCCCUCCCUGGCCCACCCAUGGCUGGGCCUGGCUCCCCAGUAGGUGGGGCUAUGCCCUCCCUGGCCCACCCAUGGCUGGGCCUGGCUCCCCAGUAGGUGGGCCUAUG